AUGGUUUCUCGUAUCUUGUUUGCCGGAGCCUUGGCUGUGUUCUCCUCUCGAGCUGUCGUCGCUGGACCAUGCCGUCCAGUCUCUUCCAUUGAAGCUUCAUACUCGACCACUCUCGUUGUUUCUUCCUCCACUGAGGCUCAGUCCACCGAGACACUGGAGACUUCUCUUACUGUACCGGCAACCGAUGUCACAACCUCUACUGCCAUCGAGGAGGCUACUACGGUCACCACGGAUGGUUUAACCACCACUGGACCUACCACGGCCGCAACCACCACCGCCGAUCCUGCCACCACUACCACUAUGGCCUACACAGUCCCCACUUCCUUCAAGCUACUUGCUGAUGGAAGUGAUGCCGAUGGCUUGGCAGUAAAGUUAAAUGGCAAUCCGGGCGGCUCGUUGGUCUUUGGUGAACUCUCAGAUUAUGACGAGGUUGUUUUCAGCUUCCAGGAGGAAGCAGGCUAUGUCCAAUAUGAUUCGAAAGAUCUUUGCGUUUACUACGGCGACUCAGAUCCGGCUGCCCAGGUCAUAACGUGCACAACCGUAUUAUCUGGCAGACAAUUCCCCCUUAGCUGUGAGAAGCCCGACAGCCACCAGCUUAAGUGUACGACACCAGGGAAGACGUGCUUUACCGCUGGGUCUGACCCCAUAGCCGGAUGCUCUCCUACCGAUGAGGAUUGGACUCAAUUUUACGUGAGGCCGUACAUCAGUAGCUCAUUCCUGCUUUAUCUUGGCAAUGGGAACGCGAUGGCUGACGAGCUUGACGAUAUGGACUUGAAAGCUGUUGAUCUUCGACUGAAAGAAGCGAAAGACACCUAAUUUAUGUCAUCCAUUGGGUUGUGAGGAAA